AUUUGAUGGGAAAAAACCCGAACCGACUUGUAUUUCUAAAGACGGGUAAAAAUCUCGUGCGCGCCAAUCCUGUCUCUCUCAUCAUCUCCUCUGCAGGUUGAUUUCGUCGCCGAUCCUCUGAAUUGUUCGUCUUUCUCCAUACGCCAAAGUCAAAUGGCGACUCCGGCUUCGUCGCUGUUCAACGGCGAGAGGGCCGUGGUUGUCCUCUUCAUUUCUCGCGUCCUGUUCGCCACUCCUCUCUCUCUCCUCUACGAAGCUCUAGCUUUCUCUCUCCUCGCGCUCUUCGCCCUCUUCAUCGAGAUUGUCGCCGAAGCUUCCAAUUCCAUUGGUCAAUUCAAGACCAGGCCAGGAGUUCCAUCCGGGAUUCUGCUAGGGUCGGUUACACUGCCCGGUCUUACGAUAUCAAGGUUGAUACAGCUGUCAAGAGCACUUUCAUUAAAUGAAGUUGGAGUUGAAGAGCUUGAAUAUCUACGGUUGCAAUAUUGGGCCACGUCUGCCUGCUGCUUCAGUGUGCUUGUUUUCCUUGGCUUUGUUUGUCGCCAUACGCCAAAUGAUACACGCUCCGUUUCUUCGGCUAGUGUUUGGAGGGUGAAGUUUAGCUUAAUAUGUUUAGCUUGUUACACAUCAGUGUGCUACGUGUCUUUUGCUUCAAAUUCUCGAAGUGACUGGUAUGCAGCAUUGAAGCUACUGUGGAUACUCUGUCAUGGAUUUGCAGCAGUGAGAUUAAUUCUGCAUGUGCUUCGUACUUUCCCCUCGUGUGCUUCCAUUGGGGAAGCACUUCUGGUGACAGCUGGUCUUGUUAUAUACUUUGGGGACAUGUUAGCAUGUACAAUUUCAAAGAUUCAUGGAUAUGUAAUUUCGUCAGAUAUGAUUUCUGUACAGUAUGGAAUCAAAAGAAGUGAGAUAAGCAUCAUCAUUCAGGGCAUGCUGCUUGGACUUCUUCUUUUUCCAAUAUUCUUUAAAUUUAUUGUUCACAUUUGGGGAUGCAUUAGGAGUUUGUUAUUUUCUAAAGCUAGGGCAGACCAUGAGAUCGGAAAAUCUAUUAUGUUCUAUGCUUCCCUGGUGUUCAUCUUAUUCGCGGUCAUUCCAUCAUGGAUGCAGUUUGUUCAAGAGUUUCACAUGCAUCCUUUUUUAUGGGUAAUAAAUUUUGUUUUCUCACAACCACUUAAGAGGCUCUCAUUGUGCAUAUACUGGGUGGCUGUUAUAUACGUGUCAGUUCAACGGUUCUACAAUAUCUCAAAGAACAGUAAGAUUGAGAGGAUUCUUCUUCGAAAAUACUAUCAUCUGCUGGCUGUUUCAAUGUUCCUGCCUGCUCUUAUCUUCCAGCCAAAAUUUCUUGAUCUGGCAUUCGGUGCAGCUUUGGCAGUUUUCUUAGCGUUGGAAAUUAUUCGAAUAUGGAGAAUUUGGCCUUUAGGACAGCUCGUGCAUCAAUUUAUGAAUGCUUUUACAGACCAUCGAGAUUCUGAUCUUCUUAUUGUCAGCCAUUUUUCACUCUUACUGGGGUGUGCGCUUCCUAUCUGGCUGUCUUCUGGGUUCAAUGACCGACCACUUGCUCCUUUUGCUGGAAUUUUGAGUCUUGGAAUUGGAGAUACAAUGGCAUCAAUGGUUGGCUACAAGUAUGGUGUCCUUAGAUGGAGCAAAACUGGCAAGAAAACCAUCGAAGGUACUGCAGCGGGCAUAACUUCUGUUUUGGCAGCUUGUUCACUUCUCCUUCCACUUCUAGCUACUACAGGAUAUAUUGUUACACAGCAUUGGGUGUCUCUUGUGGGAGCUGUGACCGUGAGUGGUUUGUUGGAGGCCUACACAGCACAGCUUGAUAAUGCCUUCAUACCCGUUGUCUUCUACAGCCUUCUCUGUCUGUAAAUGCGGAUUCACUAAUACUUCCAAAUAAUACACAGAUGAAUAAUUUUACAGAGGCAAUAACCACAUUUUCUACAAGAUCCAGGGCUUUUUUGUUAUUAUUUUUAGGAGAAUACGAGAAUUGCGAAAUCUGUUCUACAUUCUUGUAUCCGAGGUUUUGUUGGCUUUUUGGUCUAAAGCUCAGCUCUAGCCAGUCUUCGUGUGGUAUUCUACUAAGACUUUGUGUUCAGUAUACAUAUGAAGGGUCAAAUCCCUAUACACUUGUGUCAGUAGGAUUAGGGAUGAUACUGUAGGGAAAGAGAGAUUGUAGAAAUCAAUAUAUAUAUAUAUAUAUUCUUUACCAUGUAAACGUUUAAUGAGCCUUCUCUUCCAAUAAAAUAAUUCUUCAUUGUAAAUAUUCUUUAUCAUUUAUGUUAAUAUUCUUUAUCAUUUA